CCGCUUCAAAUCCUCUCCUCUAUAGUCUACUGCACUCUGACACUAUCAGAUAUCAAUUUCAGAGGCGGAGCCUGGAGGCUGGAGCUGCUUCAAGUCUUCAACUAUCUGAAUUUCUGAACUCAUCCAUUCGUUAGCGCAGCUAGAACGAAAACUGAGUAAUGGAAAGUGGAGGGAACUCCCUUCCAUCAGGGUCAGAUGGUGUGAAGAGAAAGGUUUCAUAUUUCUAUGAUCCAGAGGUUGGAAACUAUUAUUAUGGGCAGGGACACCCAAUGAAACCACACAGGAUUCGAAUGACACAUGCUCUUUUAGCCCACUAUGGAUUGCUUCAACACAUGCAGGUUCUGAAGCCUAUGGCUGCUAAAGAUAGGGACCUUUGCAAGUUCCAUGCUGAUGAUUAUGUGGCCUUUCUGAGAGGCAUCACCCCUGAAACGCAGCAAGAUCAAUUGAGACAGCUGAAGAGGUUUAAUGUUGGCGAAGACUGCCCUGUAUUUGAUGGUCUUUACUCUUUCUGCCAGACAUAUGCAGGAGGUUCUGUUGGUGGUGCUCUAAAGUUGAACCAUGGAGUAUGUGAUAUUGCAAUAAAUUGGGCUGGUGGUCUACAUCAUGCAAAGAAGUGUGAGGCUUCUGGGUUUUGCUAUGUUAAUGACAUUGUGCUGGCUAUUUUGGAACUUCUCAAAAUACAUGAGCGUGUUCUGUAUGUGGACAUUGAUAUCCACCAUGGUGAUGGUGUAGAGGAGGCCUUUUACACCACCGAUAGGGUCAUGACUGUUUCGUUUCAUAAGUUUGGGGAUUACUUUCCUGGAACAGGUGAUAUUCGUGAUAUUGGAUAUGCUAAAGGGAAAUAUUAUUCACUAAAUGUUCCCUUGGAUGAUGGAAUUGAUGAUGAGAGCUAUCAGUCCUUGUUUAAGCCAAUAAUGGGAAAGGUUAUGGAGAUUUUUAGGCCCGGUGCUGUUGUAUUACAAUGUGGUGCUGACUCUUUAUCUGGGGACAGGUUAGGUUGUUUCAAUCUUUCCAUAAAAGGUCAUGCAGAGUGUGUCAGAUAUAUGAGAUCUUUUAAUGUUCCCCUUCUAUUGCUCGGGGGAGGUGGCUAUACAAUAAGAAAUGUGGCACGUUGUUGGUGUUUCGAGACUAGCGUUGCUCUUGGGAUUGAACUAGAUGAUAAGAUGCCUCAACAUGAAUAUUAUGAAUAUUUUGGUCCUGACUAUACUCUUCAUGUUGCUCCAAGUAACAUGGAAAACAAGAACUCCCGACAAUUAUUGGAUGAAAUAAGAGCAAAACUUCUUGAUAAUUUAUCUAGGCUUCAACAUGCACCAAGUGUCCCAUUCCAGGAACGGCCACCUGAUGCAGAGCUUCUAGAGAGAGAUGAAGAUCAAGAUGAUAGAGAUGAAAGAUGGGAUCCCGAUUCUGACAGGGAGGUUGGCGAUGACAGCAAUCCUGUUCGCAGAAGGGUGAAAAGUGAAUGCGUUGAUGCUGAGGAUAAAGAUACAGAAAGUUAUCAUAAACAUCUAGAUUGUGGAAGAGAUUAUCUUACGCCUUUCAAGGAGAUUUCAUGCUCCAAGGUGUCGGGGGUGGACUCAAUGGCAGUGGAUGAACCAUGCAUCAAAGAGGAGCAGGAUAAUUUAAAAGAGCUUUCUGAUCACAGGCCAAGAUGAAGCAAUAAUAAGCAUUACUGAUCAACCUUCUCCUUGACUAGUGUCUGUCGACCUGUAAAUUAUAGUUUCCUCCUAAAGCAGUCUGGCAUGCAUUCAUCUGACGUCUGUAGUGUUUCAAAUUUUUGCUUUAUCUGGAAACUGAAGAGAUAUGGUGCAAGCUUGCCUUGGCUUUUGAUGUUUCAUAUUACUGCAAGAUGAAUGUAGUAGUUAUUUUUUCUGUAUGUUUCACUAUGGUAGCAGACUUUGUCAAGGGAGCAGCUUAUUGUUGGAUCCGUUGAGAUGAAGUAUAACAUUCAUCUUGUGUUUCUUGCAAAAAUGAUUAAACAAGCUCAUUCUUUCA